AUGGACUAUAUUCCAGAUGUGCAGGUAGCGCGGCCCGGAGUGUCGGAGGAAGAGUGGUUUGAUCUUCGAGGGGACGAUGAGCGCUGGUAUUUUUUAAAGAGCUGGUACCCGACGGAGGCCAAUGCGCCAGAGAAGUUGUCCAAGCCUAAAGGCGCCGUGGUAUUUGUGCACGGAUUUGGCGAGCAUAUCAGCCGCUACACAAAUAUAUUCAAGGUGUUUGCUGACCGUGACUACCAGGUUACUGGUUUUGAUCAGCGCGGGUAUGGCCGUACGUGGCGUGAUGCAAAUGACCGGGACGCCGUGCACGGUUGGACGACAUGGCCCGACCAGUUUCGCGACGUUUCGCACCUGCUGUGGCUCAUACGCAAGCGGCUGGAUGACGACUGGGGCAAAGAUACAGUCCCAAUUUUCUUGAUGGGCCACAGCAUGGGCGGUGGGAUUUCGACUGGUUUCUUUACGCGCCCGCCCGGAGAGGGGCCCGGAGAGGAGGUGAAGGAUCUGGUUUCUGGUGUGGUGCUUUCUGCGCCGUGGCUCGACAUUCACUUUCCCAUCCCGACUUCUGUUGGCGUUGCGCUGAUGGGUGUGCUCUUGCGAAUUGCGCCGCGCCUGCGUCUGCCGCUGGGCCCGCCAUCCGACGACCUGUGUCGCGAUCCGUUGGUGUGCCGGGCUGUGCGUGAGGACCCGCUUUGCGAUACGGGAGUAUACACGCGCGGUCUUUAUGAUCCACUGCGCCACGGCCCCAAGCUUGUGUCAGAAGGGUACAAGCGCUGGCCGCAGCGCCUCCCGAUUCUUGUUGCACACGGGACGGGCGAUAAAGUGACGAAAUGGAGCUGCUCUAGGGACCUGGUUGAUAAUUUGAAAAAGCGCGGGUGUGACGCAACCUUUGCUUCGUUCAAUGGCAACUACCAUGAGAACCUUUUCGAGCCUGGAGCGAUUAAGAUUAAAUUUGCAAAUUCUAUUAUUGAGUACGUUGCGCACUUGGCACUGACAUCUAGCUGGAUGGAUAAUGUAAUUGCAAGGCGAAAGGUGCAUGCAAUUGAGUCUCAGACCGUGCCACAUUAG